UUCAAUAGCUGCUGGAAGGAAUCAACGAGACUUUAAGAGCCCGGCCACCGUGGCUGAGCAGGACAUGCUGAGCAGGACAGCAGAGCCAUGAAACGCAGUGCAUCUGAUGCGCUUGUUGCGACUGCCGAGCCGAAGUCUGGCCAGCAAUUGCGGCUGCCACUGCUGCUAUUUCUGAGCCCCAGGAUACCGGUGGAUCAAGCUGCAGAUGUGCGGGUCUUGGUUGCCUCAAAGCCACAGUAUGCCUCCCUCUCCGACUCGGAGGAGGGCGCGCUUCUGGUCCUUCCAGACUUCCAGCAAGAGGAAGUAGCAGCGUUGGAGAAGCGAAAGAAACGGGUCGUGGGCCUGCCAUUCGUUCAGCGCUUUCUGCAAGAUCCAGGUUUGCUGAGCAAGGUCCCUGCUUUGCCACUCUUUGAUCUGAUCUACAGAUGCCCUGGGGCUCUUUGCUUUUCAGCCAUGGAGCCGCGGCAAAGAGCUCGCAGUCAGAGUUUGGCCAAGUGGAUGGGCGCACGUUACACCCAGGAUGCAGGACCUGGAACUGAACUGCUCGUGGCGGCCAGAGUGAGCAUUCACCCGGAUUCAAAGUACCAGGAAGCCUUGGCAAGGAGGAUUCCUAUUGUGAAACCCAGCUAUCUUGAAGCUGUUUGGGAAGCAAAACACCUCGUGGACGUGCAGGCACACCACCUCUUACCUCUGGCUGGGCUGGCUAUUUGCUUUGAUGCGGACUGUUCUGGAGAUGGAGAGGGCCUCAAGAAUGGGGCCAUUGCCAGUGGAGCACAAGUCAUGCCAUUUGACCAGGCGGAGGUUGUCAUUGUGUCUGAUACCUCUCGCCCAUUGUACAAGGAAGCUCGACGACGUGGGCAGCAAGUGGCACCCCCAAAGUGGUUGGAGCGUUGCCUGCAAAUCCGCUGCACGUUGCAGAUCUCUGGUGACCUCGAGGUGCCCCAGCCUGGCAUUGUGUGUGGCAAUUCUCCAGCAAGUGUGGAGGCGCAGACCACCAUGGUAUUGGCGAGCAGCGUGCUGUGUCUUUUGUACUUGGACCCAGGCAGCCGAGAGAGCGCUCGUGCUUGGGCUUGGCGCUGUGGUGCUUGGACAACCCUGAAUGCUUUUGAUGCGGCGAUCACACACGUGCUUUUCAACGUGCUUCCCGGGACAUCAGUCCAAGUUUCUGUGCCUGUGGACAAGGACAUUUACUUUUUGGAUGUAUCCUGGCUGGAAGCCUGUGCCAGUGGCAAAAGAGCUUCUGAGGGUGACUUUCCUAGGCAGCAGGUGGUCUACAAUCCAGCUUCUGACAUGCAGAACGGAAUGAAAGAGAACUCCCGUGGACUACGGAAGGUGCGUAGCACGGGUGCAGAGGAUCUUCCACUGAUGCGACCGGCGCCCGCACCGUUGGCUGACGCGGAGCCGCACAUCACGCUGGCCAGUUCGGAGGGCAUUUUUGGAGGAAUGGUGCUGGGCAUUCUUGGGUGGAAUCCUGGUGAAGAAGCCAAACUUGUGGACCGGAUUUGCAAGAACGGCGGAUCUGCUCUGCAUGGCAUAGGCAAUAACAUCAACGGGUUGAAGACUCGGCGGAUUGACAUGUGUGUUUGUCCAAAUGGCCCUGCUCCCAGCGAUGCUGGGUCUGUGGUCUUGGUGACCACGCAGUGGCUGGAGGCAUGCAUAUCAGAGAAGGCAAUCCAUUCCAGUUCUGACUUUCCGCACUUCGAGCCUGCCAAGCAUCCUUUGCCUCUCUCUUCCAUGUCGAACUUCGUCAUCCGGAUCACUGGAUUAGAACAAGAUCGGAAGAGCACGCGCGAGCGUUGGCGGCUUGAGGAGCUUGUAAAGGUUUUGGGUGCCAAGGUUGCUCAGCAAAGCACACGAAAGUCGGAGCUGACUCACAUUGUUUGUGCCGAAGCCUCGCUGUUGGAGGCUCGACUGGCCGAAAUGGCCACGAAGCGACAAGUGCCUCUGGUAUCAGUCCAGUGGCUGCUUGACUGCUUUCGUUAUGGUGAACAUCAGAAAGAGGACAAAUACACAAUCAGUACCUCGAGUGGUUCUACUUCAGCAUCAAAUGAAGCAGCUGCUACGUGUUUCACAGCGGUGCUCAACAAAUGUGACAUUCUCCUGUCGAACUCCACUUUGAGCGUUGAACCUGACCUGCUGAGAAUGGCGAAGGAGCUUGCAGCAGCCAGGGUCCAGACUUGGAAGAGCAUUGAUGAGCUGCGAACUCUGUUGCGAUCUCCUCAUGGCAAUCAAGCAGUAAUUGUUGUCGACAAGGAUGAGGCGAGAAGAGAGCGUUUGGAGAGGCUUUUGGAUGGCGGAGGAACGAAGCUGGAGCACAGUUUUGUGCAGCCAAGCUGGCUGUCAGAGACUUACUCCCAGCGGAGACGAUUACCUCUGGAGUCCUUUGCAGUCUUCACAGCUGAGAGCACGCAAGAACCCCGCCCGACGCAAGGGGCUUCCUAUGCAUGGCAGCCUGCAGAGCUUAAACGCUUGGAGGAGGUUUCUGAGCAAUCUCGCCGCGAAAUGGAGUCCAAGGCUGCUAGUGUCAUUGGCGUGCUAGGAGUGCUGAACGAAGUGUAAACGAAGCUGAACAGCUGAGCAUUUUGAUGUCGCUCGCUGAAUGUUUAGCUUCUGCUUGAAGCUAUUUGUGGCUGCCAUAGUCUAUAAUCAUGUCACUGCCUUCCUUGUGGCACGUGACCCAAUUUGUCAAGCAGGGGCUCUCGCGCCUAGCGAAAUUGGGUUCCUGAAGGCUGGACCUCAAGCACAAGGCAAUCAAUGCCAGUGAAACGAUGAGGCUUCGUGUUUUAACCUGAAAAGUGACCUGUGUGGUCCAAUGUUACAUGCACAAUUGGUGAAUCUGGAGAGUUUCACGCUGAAUGCUUCACAGCACCCACGCAUUGGGGAUGGCGUAGGUGCAAUGUACAGCCUCCAGAGGAUGCAGUGCAUGGCAGUGUAUCCA